GUUCCAGGCCUCACUCCAGAGGAUGAGGGGGACCCGAUGCUUCCAUGACGGGGCUCCCCUGAUGGGGCUUGCGAGGGGCGCGCUCACGGACCUUGCACUCCACCAUAUAAUGCAGUCACACAGUUCAUAGGACAAGCCAGAUAGCAUGUCUGGGAGUCGUUGGAGCGGUGUUUUUGGGGUCCUCGCGAUUGGUACUUUUGUGGGCUUGGCGCUUUACCCCAUCGCUAUUCAGCCCCUCAGCAGCCGAUCUCUGAAGGAAACGCGCGAAGGCGGUGACCCGGGCUUUCAAAAGAAGGGUAUGUGGAAGGCCAUCGACGAGUACCGUAAGUAGCGGGCGCCCUUGACUUGCCGCGG